AUGUUUGCAUCCAACACACCAACCUCGCCCCGCGCUCUCCUGCCUCCUCAAACACACACACUUCAAGCUACCGAAGAUAUACCACACAUCAUGCCCGCUAUCGUACUCAUCAUAGGCCUCGUCUGCCUCCCACUCAUUGUCGUCGGAUGCAUCGUCACAGCAUAUUUCAAAGUCCGCCGCGCUCGCAUCCACGACGUCGAGCGAGCGAACAACACCGAUGGAACCAGACAUAUCAACGACCAUGGUAUCGUUCUGCGCGGCAUCACGCGCAUCAGCUCGCCACUCGAGCGGGACGUCGUGCCUGAGAACGUCGCGCCGGUCGCACAGCCACUACCGGAGGCUUACAGGAAGCGAGCAAAUAGCAACAGUAAGAAGAUGUAUGAAGAAUUCGACGAUACACAAACAUACAGAGCCCAUCAUCCCCUAUCCUCGCACGCUCGCAUCGACAUCCCUCCCGUCAUCAGCAUUCCCGACAUACAAGCCCCUCAGCCCGCAUACACGCACGCCCUCUCCGGCCGAUACAACUCCACACAAAACACCGCGGAGCUAGUGUACGGCGAGGACGCGCGCGCAGCAGAAGCAUGGGCAAAGAUUGAAAAACGUGAAUCGCUCGUGGAGAAAAAGUCCAGAUCCCAAACAAUCGAACUUCCGGCCAAUGAAUGGGAGGAUGUUGAUCUCGAUGGAGACGAUGGCGGGUGGAAGAAGAAUAAGCGGCCCGCGACGCCUGCGGGGGUAUUUGCUAUUGGAGACGGUGAUGAUGAGGAUGAUGAGGGAGAGGUGGCGGAAAGAAGUCAUGAUGAGCCAAAGGAUAGCAGAUCUGACACGCCCACAGCCUCAUCGCAGAUCCUUUCAGCAAUUCCUAACCGACUAUCCUGGAGUACGACAUCUGGACAGUCGACGCGCAGCGGGUCUGAUGUGACGAAGCAAACGCUGCCGAGUUCGCUGUCGAGGGCAUCGUCGAUGCGUGAAGAGCGCACCACGCCGCCAAGGAGGAGUUCUGUGGUGAGCAAGUUGAAGGGGUUGAGUAGGUCAGGAUCUGAGAGGAUCAGGCGGACUUCGGGAGAGGGGGAGUUGUAUGGAGAUAUGGCGAGGAGGGAAAACGCGUUGGCGGGAUUUGAGGGAUGA